AUGUUUAGAGAAGAAGACCAUUUUGAGCGAAUUCAAGCACACGAAACAUUUGUGGAAAGCUGUUGUUUUUCAACGGACGGAAAACUGCUUGCGACUUGUUCCGGAGAUCAAACCUUAAAACUCUGGGACGUCGAGCGAUGCUCUCACGUUUCUACUCUUCGUGGACACCAAGGAGCUGUUUGGAACUGCGAUUUCAAUUCUAAAGCGACCUUAAUUUGUUCAUGUUCAAGCGACAAGACAGURCGUAUCUGGGAUGUAUCCGAACACGAAGAGAUUACCUCAAUGGAUAAACACGAAAAAACUGUUUGGGCUUGUAAGUUUUGUCCUGGUUCGUCCAAAACCAUAGCUUCCUGUUCUUCUGACAGAAAGAUCAUAAUUUGGCAAUACAUCAAAAAUGUUGUGCUUCAUAUUUUUGACGAACAUCUAAAUGUAGUCGAAGRCAUUUCUUUUUCUCCGCUCGACUACAACGUCCUCGCGUCGUGUUCCCGAGAUAAAACGAUUCGAAUUUGGAAAAAUUAUCGCUCAYUUCACUCUGAAAAACCUCUUGUUUUAAAAGGUCAUAAAAAGAGGGUUACUUCGUGUGCUUUUUCGCCGAUCAGUGAUGAAAUCUUGACGUCCUGUUCGGCCGACCUUACGAUUCGAGUGUGGAGUGCAAGGCAAGGAAUACAACUGAAUAUCAUACAGGGACACUCGAAUAUCAUUUGGAAAUGCGCUUUUGUCAUAUACAGAGAAUAUUUCUUUUUAGCUACGUGUUCUAGUGAUCGAAGCUUCAGAUUCUGGGAUCCCGUAUCAGGAUGCGAGUUGAAGAGGCUCACCAACCUUGAUUCUUCCCUGGACCCUCGUGCUCAACUUCUACACUUUGCCUUCUCAACAAACAAAGCUGACGACACAGAAAGUAGACUGGCUGUUUCAUCUUACGAGGGGAGUUUAUUCAUCGCUAAGCUUGGAGACUUUCUUGACAAUAUAAUAGAUAAUGCAAUGGAGAAGGAUCGCUCUGCCUCAGCACUUGAUAUCGGUAAAGUGCAGGCAAUUACAACUAGGAGGCUGUGGAGUGUUUGGGAAGAAAUCUUCAUUACAUACAGCAAGCGUCUCGAGGAGGUUGUCUGGAAGAGUAUCUCUCUGAGUAGCACCUUGCCAUAA